CCAUUCUCUCUCUCUCUGUGGAGCCGCUGUUUAUUUACUCUUUAGCGCCGAGAAACGGCGAGAGAAGGAAGCAUCAUGAAGGUCCUCAGGAUUCUGUCUCUCUCCGCUCUGAUGUGUCACAUGUCCACCUCCACAUCCCAGCACUUGAGAAAAGCUCUGUACCCAUCAGCCUUCAGAGUGAAGCGAGGUACGCCAGCUCUGCUCGACCCCUCGUUUCAGAAAUCUGUGGAGGAUGCUAACCUUCUCUACGAGGUGUUGUUAUCAGGAGCGCACAUGGACUCGGUGCAAGGAAUGCUCCAUAUAUCAGAUGAGGAACUGGCAUCUAUGAGAAAGCUGGAUGUCCUUGAGGUUCUGUGUGAAGAUGUUCUGCCGAGAACUCUCUCGGAGAUCCAGCGCCUCAACUCUCAGCUGGCAAGGCACCGUGGAAUGCUGCGGAUGGAGGACUUUGAGCGGACAGUCCUUACAAUGGUGUUCACAGCACAACAACUCCAACAUACCAGCCCCGGCCACCAGAGAGAGUUGUGGGCAAACAGCCUCUUACAACUCUAUAAAGCCAUUAAAGGAGACCUGCAGCUGGAGUGAAGACUAUUGUCUUCUACAAUAUCCUAGAAACUCAUAAAAACACCUUAACUAGUGCAUCGCUGGUCUGUUCUGUCUGGUCAUGGACAGCAGGGAAAAAAACAAUGCUAAGUGCACAAUAAAAAAAAAUAUUCAUCUAAUCAUAUAAAUAUGCAUGGUUAGGAUAGCAAAAUGAAUGAAUAGUGAAGGUCAAACAGAAUACGACACAUUAAAUACCUGUAACAUGGUUCAACGUGGUUCAUUCAGUCGGCAUUUAGAAACCAAACACUCAAACUACAGUAUGUGGACAAUAUAUAAUCAAGUAAAUAUUCCUAUUCAGUCUGUUUUGUUCAUAAUUUUGCAUAUUGUUGGGUCUAUGGCUGCAGUUCAUGGUAAGGUUAAUACAUUUUGUUUACUUUGCUAUGAUACACAAUUUUGGUACUGUACUGGGUUGAGACCUGAAGAAAAACAAGUCUGUCGUGGACUUCCAGUGUCCUGUUGUGCUGUUAUCAGAACAAAUCUGACAUGCAUCUUAAGAACUGUUUGCAUAAGUUUACCUUCACAGUGACAAAUCACAUUCUUUGCAUAAAAUGUAUUAUGUGUCCACACCGCAGUCAGAUUUGAUGGCAUAUUAUGGAGAAUGAGCUCUAAUGUCCUUUGUAAGACUGUGCCAAUGGCACAUCAAAACUCGUUCGCCCACUCUGCUGAAAUGUUUGUGACUGAAAAUAUAUGCAGCAAUAUAAUAUAAAGAGACAAUUUAGCAGCAAGUAUAACUGAUAAUAAAACUGUAAAGCUUUGGUACUGCAUUAAAAGAGCUGCCCUACA